AUGGCGUGCUUCAUGUUGCCUAAGACUGUAUGCAAACAGAUCGUCUCCAUAAUGGCUGACUUUUGGUGGAGAAACAACAAGGAUUCCAGAGGAAUGCAUUGGAAGAGCUGGGAGUAUCUAAGUAAACCCAAGACUGAGGGAAGGCUAGGUUUUAAAGAUCUCCAGUCUUUCAACCUAGCUCUCUUAGGUAAGCAGCUCUGGAGAUUAAUGACCCGUGGCGAUACUCUUUUAGCGAAGGUGUUCAAGAGCAGAUACUUUCGGGACACAGAUGCUCUCAACGCCCCAUUAGGAUCACGCCCUUCAUAUGCUUGGAGAAACAUCCAUGCGGCACAAAGGUUGAUUAAGCAAGGUGCGAGAGUGGUGAUAGGAAACGACAGAAACACAAACGUAUGGAGUGAGAAGUGGUUAGGGAGCAAGCCUGCGAAAAUGGUCCAAGCCGUUAAGAGAAGUUGCUCUCCAUCUCAGCAAGGGUUAUUAGCAAAUAUGAAGGUCAGUGAGCUAAUGCUAGAUAAUGGUCGAGAAUGGAACCUGAGGAUGAUUUAA